AUGGCAGAGCAGAUCACCCACGAUGUGGUAAACGAAGCACAGUCGAUGGGUGGCCCCUCGCCCAUCGACGUUAAUGCGACAACUACCAGCGACUCGUCCGCCGGCGCGGCUCCGGACACCAACUCUUUCAACCAAGACCAACUCGCGACCUCUCCCACGCACGCUACGCCCCCCCGUGCGCCUGAACCCAAGACAAAUCUCUCCGAGUCAAGCGAUGCGGCAAAGCCGUCGCCUGUUACUGAUGGAUCGCAAAAACAGCCCGCGACUGAUGCUGCCUCAGAAACUCCAAAGGAAUCCACUCCCAAUGGUACCGCUCCGCCGCUGCCCUCCUUGGACGAUCCCUCGGGUAUACAAUCCGCGGCCGACACGAGCGGUGGUUCGGACACGGACACGAGCCGUGCUGGGAAGGAUGGUACCAGAUCAACAAUCAAGAAACCAACAUCCUUCAAGUCGGUGUCUGUGACAAAGCACUUUCUUGCAAAGACGGCAGUAGCGACACCAGCGAAGGUCGGGGAGAAAGCUCCUACAAGUCAAGCAUCUAUCACUGCACAACCCAUAGCGAAGCCGCGACUUGUGGCUAAGUCUGGCAGCGGCGUUGGAAGCGCACUGGGCCGCUCCGCCCUAUCAAAGUUGAAUGGAGCUGGAACAGGACCAGACCCCAACAUGGUCUGGAAUAAGAACAGACCAACGCCUCCCCCGCCGGUAAAACAAUUCACGGAUGAGGAACUUAAGCAACAAUUCGGCAUCCACAUGGCUACCAGAUUACAAGCAGAUGAGGACCAAAAGGAGUCGAAAUGGGCUGAUAUCGACGAAGAUGAGGAUGAGAAUUGGGCGCCGGAAACGGUGGAGUGGAUGGAUGGUACCAAAUCGACGGUCAAACCGUCUGAACCCACGCCCCCACCAGAGGAACCGCAGCCGGAAGUAAAGAAGGACGACAAACCCGCUGAGGAAUCGAAGCCCGCCACGCCAUCUCUAUCCCGGCCGAGCUCGACAGGACCCAGUCUGACUGGAGGGACCAAGACGAUUUUAAAGCCUGGGGGGCAUUUAGUCACAGGUGGGACUAGGCAAGGAGGGCUGCUUUCUAAGGGCCAAAUGGACGGUUCGAAGCCGACACUAGUUUCAAAGUCCCCAGCGCCCACUCCUGCCAAAUCGCCUUGGGCCCCGCUCCCACCAGUUGAGAAGGUCUCACCUAUCGUCAUUAAUCCUCUGCCCGAGCACCCUCCGGUUUCCCGAUUCUCUCAGAAGGACCCACACGGCUUUGACGCUCUGCCUCCAGCGCCUUCGCCCGCCAAAGAAAUUGCGGCCGAUGACUUUAACAGAUCGUGGCGGGAUGAUCGGGGACCCAGGGAACUAUUCAAUUCCCAAUCCGGCCGAUACGAGCCUGUGAGAGAUAGUCGCCGGGGCCCUUCGCGUCAAGACUCUUCACUCCGACAACCGUCUGUCCUUCAGCGGCCGUCUCAAUCAGGGCCCGCAGAACCUUCCGCAGCCUUCCAAACCUCGAGAUCCAGCGUGCCUGAGGAGCCUUGGGCUCACAGGCGCACUUCGUCAAACGUUAGCGGCGGGAGUGGCAGGAGAAUGUCCUUCAGUAGGGAUGUACCGCCCAUGAUUCGCGAUCGACGGAGCUCACAUUCUACAACUGACAUGGCUCCACCAAUGUCGACAAGAGGCAGCUUGCAACGUGGUGGACCUAGCGAACGGGGACUUUCGCCUGCUGCCUCACAUCAUGGUUCCUUGACGCAGCACUCUUCGCCUGUAGUAGCGCAUGUCCAGCCAGCGUCGCCGCUGCCGGCGGACGGCUCCCUGGCUUCGCCCGAUGCUGCGAAUGGCGGCGCGAACCCAAUGGCCGCCAUUCAAGAGCAAGUCAAAGUCCAGGAGCAAAUGAUGCGGGACAAGAUUGAGCGAGCCAGAGCUGAGAAGCAGAAGCGCCGAGAAGAAGAAGAGAAGGAGGAGGCGGCACGCAAGGAGCGCCUCCGGCUGAAGCUGGAGGCAUUAGGUCCGCCGCCAUCCAAGGUCGAGAAGCCAAAGUCACCGCCCGCUGCUGGUGAGAUGGCGAACGUUCAGCAGAAGCCGACUACUAUCCAGUCGCCUCCGAAGCCGCCCAUACCCACAGGCGAGGGUGAAGUUGCGCAAUAUGGCAUGAUGAAGGUCCAUCAGCCGCAUCCUGUGAAGAGAGCGGGUGAGCAUUUCAGGCCUUCAGAGCAAGCACGGCGGGAAGUGAAGUCGCCCGAGCGCAAGGAAGUUUCGCCAGCGAAGUCGACUGAUGUUCCUGCUGCGGAGGCGCCAAAGGCACAGCCGGAUGGUGUGAGCACGUCAGACGAGGUAGUACCGACGUUGGAGCAAAAGGUGCCUGCCUGGAAGCCGUCCGUGGCUUCUGGCACACCGUGGGUACCGCUGCGUAGCCGUAACGUGUGGGGCCCGCCCAAUCAAGAAAGAGGCAUCGGUAACGGCACAUUUGGACACACACAGCAGCCACAGUCAGCCGGGGCGCCGGGCCCGAUCGCGCCGCCCCCGGCCACGACUAAACUGCCUACCUCACCUCCGCGCUUCACACACCCUCCUCCCGCCGAGCAACCUUCUUCAACCUUUACUCCGCAACCCGACUUGCGCUCACAGGAUUCGUUCGCCCGCAGCCCGACAGCAAUGGCCUCCGCCGCUGUUGCCCCGCCGGGCCCGAUCGGGCCUCCCAAGCCAGCAGCACCUCGUCCAGCUUUCGAUGUCUCGGCCUGGAGCGCCAACUCGAUUGCAGAGUCCGACGCAAACCUUGCUCGCAGACGCGAAGAGAGCUACCAGGCUAACCGUGGAAAGCCGUUGCCUGCUUUCAACGAGACUUUCAAACAGACUGCCAUCGAGGGCUCUUUGGAUCGCCGCCGCAUCUUAGAGACCAAGAGCACCGUUCACCUUCACCCUGCCAAUGUCUCGAAGCCCGACGAUCAAGCGCUCCACACAAGCCACCCUGAACAGCCCUCGCACUCGACGCCGAUUCCGCUCGGCGAGCCCUACAGGUCCUCUGUUGUUGACGAGGCUUCCACACUUCGCCCGAUCGGUGCCGAGAAAGUUCAAUCCUCACCUGGCUCAACCGGCGCUCAAGGCAACCGCUCCUCGCGCUUCUUCCCACGCACGCAAGACGCCCUCGAUACACUUCAGGCGACGGUUUCGCAACUGACAGGCAAUGGCGACUCUCCGCCGCCGCCCGAGACUUCGAGUCACCCUGUGUUCACUGGAGACGUGUCGCACCCGAUUGUGAAGCUCCCGCAGAAGAUCAAAGUCAAGCUACCUCCGGCCGCCGCGUCUAACUCUUCAUCCCCCGUCAUUAUGCCCGCGAGGCCCGGAUUCUCUCGUCUUGGUUCCCAGCCCAUCAUCUCGCAACCCAGUUGGCAGGAGCGCUUCAACGGUCUCCUCGGCCGCGCUUCAGCACCAAUGGCUUCACCUCCGAAGACAGCCACCUCACUUGCCGUCGCAUCUGCAAGCAAAGCUCCUUACGACCACACAGGUCCCCUCGCUGGAGCUACCGUCUCACUGCCGUCCAAGCCGGCGCCGACUCCGUUCGCGUCCAGCUACGACGCCAGCCCCGUGUCAAAGUCGGCUUUCGAAGAGGUAAUGAGCGUCCCGGAAGCGUUUUCAGCGCCGACUGUCCGGCUUCCGAAGGAGUCACACAUGAAUGCCGGCCUUGCUCCCGUUGCAGCUCCCUCCACCCGACCCGGAUCACGGUUCUACAAGACCACUGAUGUCUUCAGUGUCGAUCCGACCUUCAGUCCCGUUGCAGAGCGCGAACAGAACGCGCAGGGUUUCGUCAUUACAAUCCACAUGGCGGCUUCGGACGUAGUCAAGACCAGGAUCAUGCCUAGGCGCCGCAACCCGGGCCGCAAGCCGUCAGGCUACAACAACAAGAAGCGGAGCAUGACGCCGCGUGAGAGCAGCAACAGCAACGGUAACAGCAACGGUAACAGCAACGGCAACAGCAACGGCAACAGCAACGGCAAUAGCAACGGCAACAGCGGGGUUCGCCCACGCAAGACGUCGGGCAACGUGCCUCCGGGCCACCCUUGGAGCAACAACAGCAAGAGCAACUCGGCCAGCUCUCCUUGGGGCAGACGCGCAUCUGGAGCAGUCCAUUAG